AUGUGUGGCUUUAAACAUUGGGGUGUAAUUUCUCGUGGUUUAUGUAAAAGAAAUUCACUAGAAUGUUUUUACCGUUGGCGAAAACUUAAAGUAUUAAUAGAUUGGUCAUAUACCAAAAAUUUUUUCUUCACACCUAACGAACUAAAAAUGUUUUGGAAACUAGUAUCUAAAUAUGGAACAGCUUGGGAAAAAAUAUCUGAAAAGUUUCAAAAUAAAUCAAUAACACAGUGUAAGGAUCUUUAUCUUGACAUGCAAAGAUUUUCAGUUAUUAAUAAACAACUUGCACCUAUAAGUUACAAAAAAAUUUCAGAUAUAGUACAAAAAGUUGAACAGAAAGAACAAAAAGAAGAUAAUUUAAAGGAGAAUAAAAAAAAAAAGGUAAUUUGGAUGGUUGAUGAAGUCAAAAAACUUAAGAGUCUUGUAAGGGAACAAUCAUUUAAUGAUGUUAACUGGCGUAAAAUAGCGAUUGAAUUUCCAGGAAAAAGUCCAGAACAAUGUAGAGAUAAGUGGAAAGGAACGUGGGAUGAAAUAGAAGAUCAAGUUCUCAAAGAUAUAGUGAUAAAAUAUGGAAAUGAUUGGGAAACAGUAGCAGAACAUAUUGAAGGGCGAACACCAAAUAUGUGUAGAGAUAGAUGGCAGAUAAUUAAUCCAGAUAAAAUUAAAUAUAAACGAUCUUCAGAAAUGGAACGACAACUUUUAAAACAUGUUAUUAUUAAUGAGUGUCCUUUAUGGAGAGGAAAAAGAAUUAAUUGGAAAUACAUAUCAGAGAAAUAUUUUCCUAAUCGUAGUAAUAUUGAAUUAUUAAAUUAUUGGAGACAUUAUCGUAAUCCCAAUGAUUGGACACGAGAAGAAGAUGAAUUACUUCGUCAAAAAAUGAAAGAAUAUAGAGGGCCACCAGAAAAUAUUUGGGAAAAUAUUUCUAGAAAUAUAAUUGGAAGAACAGCAUCACAAUGUCGUGAAAGAUGGUUUCAUGCAGCAAGCCCUGAGCUCAAGUUUGGACGUUGGAAAUUAGAAGAAUGUGCUGCAUUAAUUAAUGAAAUUAAAAGGCAUGGAAAGCGAUGGAAUAUAAUUAGCAUGAAUUUAAGACGACCAUACCAUAAUGUAAGGAAAAAGUAUAGAAAUAUGGUAGAAUAUAACAAUAGAUUCAUCAAGGCUUUACGUCAUCAAGAACUAACAGAUCCUGAUGAAUUGAAUAGUAAUAAUUAA